AUGACGAAAAGUAAGAAUAAGACAGCGAACACAGCUAGGGCUGCAAACGCGAAAGAUUCUGUUGUAGGCAAAACAAAACAGAAAACGCCCCCGGCACCACCACCAGCUUCUGAGGCAACUGAGGUUACGCCGACACAAGUGGCACCAACUUUAUCUGAACGGAAACAAAAGAAGUUGGCUGACUCAGGUGGAAGUGCAUCCGGCGGGAAUGUGACAACUGAGCCGCAGAAGCCACCUGCGAAGAAGGCAAAGGCUCGAAAAGGAGCAGCCGGAAAAAAAGGUAUCAUCGGAAAAUUCAACGCCAGAGGAAGUACGCCAUGCACUAGAAUCAGAUGUGCCAUCACCACCAGUGGCCACGUGUACGGCACGUAG